ACUAUAAACACGAUAUAUUUAGCAUAUGAUUAUGUCACCUGUGGUUGCGAUGUUGCCUUCCGAGCCGCCCUCAGCACCGAGCUCCGACCCGAAGGGAGCCGGCCAGGAGGCUCAGCAAGCUGAAGACUCGCCGCUAUACAAGACGGAUGAAUUCCGCAUGUUUUGCUUCAAGGUGCUGCCAUGCUCCAAGCGAUAUGUGCACGACUGGACAGUAUGUCCGUUCGCGCACCCUGGCGAGAAGGCUAAGCGCCGGGACCCUCGCGUGUUCACCUACACUGGCGUCGCGUGCCCGGAUAUGAAGAAGUGCCAACGCGGAGACGCGUGCCCAUACGCGCACAACGUGUUCGAGUACUGGAUGCACCCAAGCAGGUAUCGCACGCAGCUGUGCAACGACGGCAUUGGGUGCAAGCGGAAGGUGUGCUUCUUCGCGCACACGCUGGAGGAGCUGCGCGUCUCCAACGUCAAGCUGCUGCCCGCCGACAUCGCGGCGGGGGUGGACGUGGACCUGGACCCCUUCCGCCGCCCGGAGCCCGCCAGUGGCCUGCGCUCCGCCAACAAGGCGGGUGGGGGCGGCUCCAAUGCGGCCGCGUCGUCCGGCAACGAGGCCCUGGUGGAGGCGCUGCGUGUGCAGCAGCAGCAACAACAGCAAGUCAAGAAGGCGGCGGCGGCGCUGCAGCGCAACGCAUCGCGCGGGCUGGCGGUAGAGCUGCAGCAGCUGCAGGCGCUACAGCAGCUACAGGCGGUGCUGGCCAGCACUCCCGGCUUGGCAGCUCUGGCGCCGCAGCUGCAGGCGCAGCAGAUGGCGGCAGCCGCGGCCGCCUCGCCCGACUCAUUCCUGAACGCCAUGAUGGCCAACCUCCGCAUGGCGGGUGCUGGUGCAGGGGCCGGGUCGGGAAUGCCGCACGGCGGCGGCUCCGGCCACGGCGGCCUGGGCAGCGGCGCCGCGGGCAACGGCGCGGCACUGAUUGACGCGGUGGUGCAGCAGGCGGUGCAGCAGGUGCUGUCAAACAGCGCGGCGCAGCAGGCCGCCACGGCGCUGCUGAUCAUGCAACAGCAGCAGCAACACCAGCAGCAGGCUGCCGCUGCUGCGGCGGCUGCCGCGGCGAUGGCGCAGCAGCAGCAGCAACACCAGCAGCAGCAGGCCGCGGCGGCCAACCACCAGGCGGCGCAGGCGCAAGCGCACGCGCUGCUUGGGCACCUGCUCAUGCAGCAGCAGCACCACCAGCAGCAGCAACAACAGGGCGGCCCCAGCCCCGCCGCCAUGCAGGCUGCGCUGGCCAUGCUGCAGCAGCAGCAGGCCGCGGCAGGCCACGGCGGCCCGCACAUGCCGCCGCAAUACAUGCAGGGCGCCCGCCCGCUGAGCCCCAUGGGUUCGGGCAUGGAGGCGGCCAUGGCGGCUAUGCAUGCGCAUCAGCAGCACCAACACCAGCAGCACCAACAGCACAUGGGCCAGCAGCCCUCGCUGCCGGGCUCGGUGCGCUCCUCCGCCACUGGCAUGAUGUCGGCUGUCGGCGGCCCCGUCGGCCCGCCCGGCUCGCGCAACGGCGACGCCGCCGCCGUCCCUGGCGGCCCGGGCUCCCCUCACGGCUCGCCCUCUGGCUCGCCGCCGGGCGACGGCCCGCUGGGCGGUCCCGGUGGCGCUGCCGCGGCGGGCGCCGCAUUCUCGGCAGCUGCUACUGCCGCUGCCAGCUAUUACAGCCAGGAGGCCAGCCGCAGUAGCUUUGAGAGCUACCGCAGCAGCGAGGUCGACCUGGGCCUGGGGCUGGGCCUGGGGCUGGGCGCGCACCACUCGAUGCACCACCACCACCAACAGCAGCAGCACGCCAUGCAGCAGCAGCAGCAGCACCAGUUCGGCGGCGCCGGCAUGCACUCGAGCGGCCCCAGCAGCGGCGGCACGCAGCGCAGCUCGCUGGAGCUCAUGCAGCCGCCGCCGCAGCAGCAGCAGCAGCAGCAGCAGCAUGGCUACAGCCACUUCGCCGGCGGCCCGCAGCCGCCGCACAAGGCCUUCAUGGGCGAUGCGGCCUUUGCGGGCCCGCCCUUCGCCGGCGGCCUGCCGUCGCAUGCCGCGGCGCCCGGCCCGCGCAGCCCCAGCGCCACGUCGUCGGGCCUGCCCGCCGCCGCCGAGGAGGAGGCCGCGCGUCAGCAGGCGAACGCCAACGGCCUGUUUGCGGCGGUGCAGGCGGCGGCGGCGGCGGGCGCGCAGGCCGGCGGUGCCGGCGCCGGUGCGCAGCUUAACCUGCCCGAGUCGCUGCUCGCCGAGCCCGUAGGCCCCGCGGCGAUGGCCGCGGCGUUCCGGAUUUGAGAGACGUCUGCAGGCAUAUAGCAUGGCUCGUCAGUGCACGCAUAUACACGGAUUCACACACAACCUGGGAGCGGCGGCAGCGACUCCCUUCGGACGCCAAUUGUAGGCAACGCGCGCGCCCGCGCAAGACCACGCCACAGCUUGUCGGGCGCGCGCGUGGCUGCCUCUUUUCGCACGCCUGUCUUUUUUCCAAACUGUGUGAUUUUGUAGAUAAUAUUGCCGACGACGACUAUACGGUUAGGAGGGAGGGCGCGCGGACCCGGGGGCUGCGCGUCCUCUCAGCUUCGUCAAGUUUUUUUCCGGGACACACAUUAGUCCGCGCAUGCGGAAGGCUGGGGGCGGACACUGCCAGGCCCUUUUACGGCUGUUUUCGAGGGUGCGCCUCAGGGGCGACUUGAAGGGGAGGCCAGUAGGCUCACACACAGGACUGGCUGGGCCUGCUGGCACGAGCGCGGUACAGCGAUGAUGGUUUUGCACCGGGAGAAGUAUUGCAGGAAGUGGGCGCCGGGGUGCUGCAUUGUUUUGGUCCAGAAUCUCCCUUACACCCACACAUGCGUCCACGCCUAGACACGGUGAAACGCUGGACGCGGCCCCAGAUGCCGUACCGCCGUCUGGUGGUUGGUGGGGGCGAGAAUAUGAGAGAUGUUUUCUUUUGUUGGUGCGCAACGAGCUCUACGAACAUCGUUAACAACAACGACGUGUUGGGUGUACGGGUGUACAACAAGGAGUUUCGUGUUGAGCCGGCGCUCUCGAGGGAUGUGCCGCAAUUGGCCGCGCCCUGCUGAUCAGGCCAAGGGCUGCGUGUGCCUACAUGUGGGAAGUGCCGGGCUGAAUGCCCAGAGCACGAUGGAGAAUGCCGCUGCGACUCGAGCUGUCCAGAAGUGUUUUUUAGGCGGCGCUCAAUUUUCACGGCGGAGCGCCUGCCGAUUUACCCCCAGGAGACCGAUGUAUGGAGACGACGAAUUCAGUUUGUCAGCGACAAAUUCUUUGCUCGGUGUUGAUUUGCAAGGCGGGAAGACAGGAGGGGGCAUGGCAGCGUGGCGGGAGGGGCGCUCGGGAUGAGACGCCUCGUUUUCAGUGCGGGGCUUCAGUGCAGUCAGAGCUGCCGCCCCUCCCGCCACCUCAGCAAUGCCUUCCUCCAAGCCGCUGUGUGUGUACGCAAGAAGUGGCCGCCUUUCUUUUCACUCUGUGUGGGGCCUGUCAUGCCCGCCGCUGCGCGCCGGAAAGUUUUCCAAGUGUUUCCGGCGUUUGUGCAUGGCAGCUGCGCGGCGGAUGUCCGUGUUGCUGUGUGUCGCGUCGUGUUUUCCCCGUUGUGACCCUCAGACGCCGCGCCUUCGAGUGCAUGCAAUAUGCAGAUAUUCCGCCGCGGUGCAGACAUUUUUCCUCGAGUUUCUGUGAUGAUGCUGUAAUUUGGUGGCGCUUUGAUGGUACGAGCGAAUGGCAAGCGGCAAAACACGGGGGCUUGCAGAUAUUAACUUAGCUGCGACGAUGAUAGGAUGCACGGUUGCUCUGGAGGAAUGCUGCGGCAAGGGAUAUGCAUGUUAUUUGGAGGACAUAGCGUCCACAUAUUGGAUCAGUGGCGCUGAGGCGAGCUACGGCAGGCGACGCGAGUGUGUGCGUGUGUGCGUGUCUGAGGUGAGGGGCGGACCGCACUCCCCCCGCUAAUUCUUUGCCUCAAACCUGCGUGCAGUGAUCAUGAUUUGGGGGGAACGGCCCCAGAGGCGGAAGAGCAACGUCUGAUGUUUUGUUGUCUCUGAACGCGCUGUGGCGCGGUGCUGUACGCGUGGCAAAUUGAGAGCGCGAGAGGGGGCCGGCAGGGAUUCGGUUCCACAGAUAAUUUAGCCAUGGGCGGGACUAAGGCAAUUACCAUCAACGGCGCGCAGUGGCUCAUGUGCAGUCUGAUGCGCGUCGGGCUCUUACCAUCUUUGACUGAUUGGCUUUACGUCACACCGUCGCAUCACAUGUCUUCCUCAAAACUGUCAAUUUGGAUGCGCCAGUCGCCACAAGCAUAUAUGGGUGCGGGCUGCGGCUGCGCGGGCGGUCAAUUGACCCCCCGGCGGCCCUGGUCCCCGUUAGCACAUAUGCCGAUUGCGUGCAUGCAACUAGGAGAAGGUCGGAGAGGGCGUGGGAGACGUACCGGUAUUCGCUCGUUUGUGGGCCGGGCUUUUGCGUGUGUGUGGGCGAGAGGCAGUGCCGGCUAUCCCGCUGCAGUGUUCAAGGACGCGUUCUGGUGAGGAUGCGAACGGCAAGUCAACGCAACCGCUUUCUGCGUGUGAUUUGGGGUCAGUUGGCGUCACUGGAGGAAUGGCAGGGCACAUGUUGUAACGCAGCCUCUUC